AAAGUCCACAUUCUUGGGAAGGGGAACUGGGAAGAACCGAAGAACUCAUCACACAGGUGUUGGUUUAUGAUUGGAGACACUUCAAAGUUCAAACCGACCAAAGGUGAGAGAGAUAAUAGGGAAAUUAUCUCCGGGAAUUGAGGCGGCCGACCAGGCAAGUAGAAGUUGGGGGCCAAUUCACAGGGUUUCCUGUUUUUUCAUUUUUCUACGGAGAGAGAAGAGGAAGGUUUAUAGAGAAAUGUGUGAUUGAAAACACCGCCAUCCCUUCUUUGCCUCACCAUUCACUCCACUCUCCUUAACAUCUCCCAUCUCACUGAUCUUUCUAACAUUCCUGAGCGCAUUCUGCUCGAUCUCUUCCUGAGAACACUGGUGCCGGAAGGCUGACAGAGAAGGUUUUGACGCUGUUUGUAACAACUGACAUUAUCUUCAAAAUUUCUUUGACAGGAUGCUCUGAAAAAUUCUGAAUCUGGUCUAGUGGAGUGUGGGCAGCAACUUCUAGACUACCCAAUAGGCAGGACAUUUUGAAGCUUUCAAGGCAGCACGAAGUGGGAUUUUGUUUUUCUUUUGUUUAAUUCUGGUUUCAGUGAGGAAAAUGUCUCAUCCUAUCAUCAAGGAUGAUGAGGUUGAUAUUGUGGUUGCGGCAAUCCAGCCUGAUCUUACCUCCUUUUUGGAGGAAUGGAGACCUAUCUUUUCCCGAUUCCACCUAAUAGUUGUUAAAGAUCCUGACCUCCAAAGGGAAAUUAAAAUACCAGAAGGUUUUAACAUUGAUCUGUACACGAACUCUGAUAUGGAUCGAGUUUUGGGCUCUACUUCCAUUCUUUUCACUGGUUACUCCUGCCGGUAUUUUGGUUAUCUUGUCUCCCGGAAAAAGUACGUUGUCGCAGUUGAUGAUGACUGUGUCCCGGCAAAGGAUGGGAGGGACUUUCUAUUUGAUGCUGUGGCGCAGCAUAUUUAUAACCUGAGAUUUCCUGCAACCCCAUUCUUCUUCAACACACUGUAUGAUCCAUUCCAAAAGGGUGCAGACUUUGUGCGCGGGUACCCAUUCAGCCUGCGGAAUGGAGUGAAAUGCGCCCUAUCAUCUGGGCUAUGGCUCAAUUUGGCAGAUUAUGAUGCUCCUACACAAGCCCUGAAGCCAGGGGAGAGGAAUGCUCGAUAUGUUGAUGCUGUAUUGACCGUGCCCUUGAAGGCUAUGAUGCCUUUGAGUGGGAUCAAUGUAGCUUUUGAUCGCGAGGUGAUAGGUUCUGCUUUAUUCCCAGGUCUGCGGUUGGUGGGGGAGGGCAAGCAGAGGUGGGAAACAGUGGAGGAUAUAUGGUGCGGGAUGUGUGCCAAGGUGGUUUGUGAUCAUCUCGGCCUUGGUGUUAAGAGUGGUGUGCCCUAUGUGUGGAGAAAUGACAGAGGUGAUGCCAUAGACACCUUAAAGAAAGAGUGGCAUGGGAUGAAGCUGAUGGAGGAGGUAGUCCCUUUCUUCCAGUCAGUGAGAUUGCCGAGGACUGCAGUAGCUGCAGAGGAUUGUGUGCUUGAAAUUGCGGCAAUGGUGAAGGAAACGCUAGGUCCAAAGGAUCCUUUGUUUGGACAAGCAGCAGAUGCCAUGAUAGAGUGGGUCCGCCUGUGGAAGGCUGUUGCCUCGGUAUCCCCUACCCCUGGAGCAUAAGAGGAAAUGAGUUCUUUCAUCCUUUAAAUGUUCUCUCACUUUCUCUACUGGGAGCUUCCUACCUUUGUUGUUUCUUUUCUGCUACCUGACAAUGUCCUGUGAAGAUGGGUGGCUGAAAAUAAGAAUGUUAUGGUUGUUUGUUUUUGUUAUUAAGUUACAAAGUAAUAUUGCAUCCA